AAUGACAGAAGAAAUUGACAUUAAAGUGUCAAACAAAAUUAUUUAGAAUUUUGAUAAAAUAAAAAUAUUCAUCAUUCUUAUCAAUUUUCAUUAUUAAACUUGUUCUUAAUUUCUCAAUCUUAAUUACUAUGUCUAUAACAUACAUACCUCGCGUUACACAGCUGGAUUCCAUUCAAUUAGAUAAGGAAUUAGAGGACUUAUUAAAAAACUUACUUUUUCAGGCAACGAAAUAUUUUGAACCUGGUGUACUGCAACCAAUUUUGCCUGAACUAGACCUACUUAUUCGAACAUGGAUAUUUAAAAAUUCAGUAUGUGACAAAUCAAGUACAUUUGGCCAGCAAAUGUUGUCUCUGAAAUACAAGACUGACAAUUUUUCUAGAAGAAAAUUAUAUUGGUACUUCUUUUACACUAUUUGGUUGAGAUAUAUGAGAGACAGGGCAAUGUACAGUUUCACAUCAAAUAUGAAUAUACAGAACUUUUUCAAUAAAAUGGAGACUUUUCAGUUGAUUUGUGAGAUAAUCAAUUUUCUCCGCUUUAUACAAAGUGGUAAACAUCCAGCGCUUAUUGAUUUCAUACUAGGUUUUGAAUUGACAGCAGAUAAACUGACAAGAGAAGAUCUUACUGAUUUUUCUUGGACUAGGGAGUUACUGUGGCACAAUCUUAUAGAAUUAAUAGGCACUGUGCUUUCCUUAGUGAACAUGUUUGGUUUGAGGCAAAGAAUGUCAAAAAUGUUAAAAUACAUGUGGUGGAGGAAUCAGACGGGUCGAGCGUCCAAAGGCAGUGUUGCCACAAUGACAUUACAAACCACAUGUGCAUGUUGUUCAGAAAAACCUAUAUUGCCUCAUGUUAUGGGAUGUUCCCACGUCUUUUGUUAUUAUUGCUUGAUGGCCAAUAAGACUGCAGAUCCAGAUUUUGUAUGUCCAAAGUGCUACUACAAUGGAAAACAAGUAACGAAAUUUCUUAUGAUGUAAUUCAGAUUUAUUUAAUGUUAACUGUUUAUGUACAUAAUAUACAUAGCUUUAAGUAAGGGAUAAUUUGUGAUAAUAGGAUAAUUAGUAUAAAAUAAAAACCAAUGUUAUUUU